AUGGAAGAAGACACUGACUCAGAAGAAGAUUCUUCUCAAGAUGGCUCCACCCCAACAACGCCUGCCACCCAACCAAAGCGUCCUAUCACUCAAGCCCUUUUCCUCAAUUUUACUUCGGACCUUUCUCCUCAAAAAAUGAGUAAAAAGAAAUCAAAGCCAAAGAAACAAACAGCUUAUCGUGUCAAUGGUGUCAACAUAUUGAACAGAAAUAAUCUUGACAGUAAGACAGCUAUUGAGCGUAUUCAAAGAAGAAGAGAGAACCAUAACCACGUAGAACGUCGUCGAAGAGAUAACAUCAACAACACUAUUUUUGAACUAUCGAGCGUUGUUCCAAAUGCUAUUCAGCCUGGACAAAAGCCCAAUAAAGGCAACAUCUUGAAGCUCUCGCUUGAUUACAUUAGAGUAGGUAAUGCCUUGCCUUACUGUUUAUACUUACCAUUCUUUAGGAUUUGCAAGCAGAAAACAUGGCCCUUAAAGAACGCCUAUAUCAGUAUACAUCUCAAACAUCUCCUCCAUUACCUCCUUUGA